UCUAUUGGGUUUCCUCUAAAUCCCACAUUUUUUUGGCUCUGUUUCCAAUUAAAUUCCAUUCCCAAAACAGAAAAAACUUGUUCUUCUUUCUCUGUUUUAGUAAGCAACAAAAACAGAGCAUCCUCUGUUUUCAACAGUUUCUUGUUCUUCCAAGAAACAGAGCAAAAUGGAGAGCAUUUCGAGUACUAUCGGGUUUCUUCCGGGAUCGUUUACGGGUUCACGAGACGAUAUCGUGGGUCGAAUCAUGCUGAUAUGGGCUCAACUAAAAGCCCCAUUUGUGGUGCCAUUUCUGAGAAUUUUGAUGUAUGUUUGUUUGGUGAUGUCGAUAAUGUUGUUCACAGAGAAGGUUUAUAUGGCUAUGGUGACUCUGUUCAUCAAAUUAACUGGAAGAAAAACAGAGAAACGAUACAAAUGGGAACCAUUCAAAGAUGAUGUUGAAUUGGGUCAUUCUGUUUAUCCUCUGGUUCUUGUUCAAGUCCCGAUGUUCAAUGAAAAAGAGGUUUAUCAGCUUUCCAUUGGAGCUGCAUGUGGGCUUUCAUGGCCGUCCGAUCGAAUCGUGAUCCAAGUUCUUGAUGAUUCAACAGAUCCGUUGGUCAAGGGUUUGGUGGAAAUGGAGUGUCAAAGGUGGGCGGCUAAAGGCGUAAACAUACACUAUCAAGUCAGAGAUAAUCGAAACGGAUACAAAGCCGGGGCACUUAAAGAAGGUUUGAAACAUCGCUACGCCAACGAGUGUGAGUAUGUGGCCAUUUUCGAUGCCGACUUUCAACCCGAACCUGAUUUCCUUUGGCACACUAUCCCGUACCUUCAUCAUAACUCCGAACUUGGUCUUGUUCAAGCUCGCUGGAAGUUCGUGAACUCAGAUGAGUGCUUAAUGACAAGGAUGCAAGAGAUGUCACUUGAUUACCAUUUCAAAGUGGAGCAAGAAUCGGGGUCUUCUGGUUAUGCAUUCUUUGGCUUCAAUGGGACUGCUGGAGUUUGGCGAAUGGCUGCGCUUAAUGAGGCUGGAGGAUGGAAGGACCGUACUACAGUUGAAGACAUGGAUUUGGCGGUUCGAGCUAGUCUUAAAGGGUGGCAGUUCUUAUACAUUGGUUCACUAAAGGUUAAAAAUGAAUUGCCAAGUAAUUUUAAAGCUUUACGUUAUCAACAACACCGAUGGUCUUGUGGUCCAGCAAAUCUUUUCAGGAAAAUGGUUUUCGAGAUCUUAACAAAUAAGAAAGUGCCGUUACGAAAGAGGAUAUAUGUGAUAUACAGUUUCUUCUUUGUAAGAAAAAUUGUAGCUCAUAUUGUUACAUUCGUAUUCUAUUGUGUUGUCAUUCCUGCAUCUGUGAUGGUACCUGAAGUCGAGAUUCCAACGUGGGCUACAAUUUAUAUCCCGACUAUCAUCACCCUUUUGAAUGCAGUUGGAACACCCAGGUCUUUCCAUUUGGUGGUGUUUUGGAUUCUGUUUGAGAAUGUCAUGUCCCUCCAUCGGACAAAGGCAACGUUCAUUGGACUUUUUGAGGCUGGACGGGUGAAUGAAUGGGUAGUCACCGAAAAGCACGGAGAUGCUUCCAAGGCUAAAGCAGCAACUAAACAGUUUAAAAAAUCUCGCUUCAAAAUAGGUGAAAGGCUUCUUAUGCUAGAGAUUAGCGUUGGCUGUUUUCUCGUCGUAUGUGCUUGCUAUGAUCUUGCAUUUGGGAAGUACCGCUACUACAUUUACCUAUAUAUACAAGCUAUAGCCUUCUUCAUCAUGGGAUUCGGUUAUGUUGGUGCUCAAGUUCCCAACUCUUAGAUGACGUUCUCGAUUCAGCUCUUUUUGUGUCCACAUUUUGUUCAGAAGUCAUCUUACGCUUGUUCCCCUUUCUUCCUUUGCUAUACCAUACAAGCAUCGUCUGAGAAAAUGCAAUUACCAUUUACUCUGUCUGCUUGUUACUUUUGAUUGUAUAUAAGAAACAAGACGGUGCGAAGGUUAUUUUUCA